CAAGCUCUGAAGCCUCUGCGUCACUGUCAUCCAUCUCCUGCUCUACACACGGAAACAGGUUUGAAGAUUCCUGGUCAGUUCUUCCAACCUUCUAAGUUGACCUCUCUUUUGCCAAUAGUAUUGUGCUAUUCUCCUCUUCUUUGAUCCGUUUGACCAGUAGCAAUUUGGAGUGGAGGGUUGACUGGUCAGCGGUCAACACUGUCUAUAUGAGCUUUUGAACUUUCCUAAGUCCACCAAACUUUGCCAAAAAGCAGUUCUAUGGUGAGUGAAUGCCAACACAAAAGAUGCUACUAGUUGGUAUCAAGCUUAAAAUGCAACAGAGCAUGUCAUUAUCCCAGUGAGAAUAAGCAUACCACAUCAGGCUCCAAAUAUGUGAUUGUUCUGGAAGGCAUCGCAUUAAUACCUGCAAUUUCGAUGUAAUAUCCGUGAGCUUUGGAAAAGGCUGGAGCUAAUUAGAUCAUCACACUUGUUAUCUUUUAUUUUCACAAGUCAAAAGUUCUGAGCUUUUGGCAUGGUAGCUUAAUGCUUAUGGUGAAUAUGACAUUAAUUAAACAAAAGAAAAAGAAAAGCCUAUGCGUGUUCCCUUUUCUUCCUCCUUUAUUUUCUCCUUUGCAAUGGAGAUUGGAGCUCCUUUCUUGGAAACUCUUGUGUUUAAUUUCUACACAACCAACUGAAUCAGGGGGAAAAACAACAAGUUGACUUACAAAAUGGAAUCAAAUAGUCUACAAAGUAGUAAAGCUUAUGCAAUUAUGCACUGUAAUAUUCCCAAGAUAAAUGGAACCAGAUGAGAUUAAUUGACAUUAAAAACAUAAAGUAGAUCCAUACUACUCCAAGUAAUGCUUUCUUCUUUCGCAAACUACGAACUACCAUAGUAUACGAUGUCAAGUUUUUCGGCCGGUACCGAUACCGGGUGUACUUAGCAAAUUCCUCCUGAUCUCCCAGUAAUAGCACUAGUACGAUGAUGAGUAUGACCAAAGACUGGUCAACGGGGAGCAAGCACCCAGGAAAAUAAAAGGAGAGAAAUACAAAGGGAAAAAAUAAGAAUUAAACUUUGCAUGGUUUCUGUUUGGUCAAACUUCUCUUCCUCUUACCAGCAUAUCAUAUCUCCCCAAACCCAACUAAGUUCAGAGUUCAGACCUCAGACAGCCAUGGCCACCGGCCUUAAAUUCAUCUGUGCCCAUAACCACAUCUCUGAUCUCUCUCCAUGAAUCCAACCCUAGCUUAGAUCAAUAAUGUCCUUGCUAAGCUAUCUCCUCCAAUUCUGCUUCUGAAUUUCUCCAUUCUUUCCAGCAAGCUUACCAAAGCAAGCAAGCAAGCAGAGAAAGAACCGAUCACCAUUCCAUUUCGCUUCUCUCCCAGUUCACGCAAUCUUGCAGUGUUUGCUACAUGGUAGGAAGUGAAUAAAAAGACCUGAUAUCUGUCAGAGCUUUGUUUGUCGUCCUAGAUCACUAAUUUUUCAGAGUUUCAGACUUUGGGAGUUUGCUGCUGCCGUCUUGUUGGUCGCCUCUGCAACUUCUCUUGUGUUUCUCUGAACUUGCCAUGCAUGAUCCUUCCAUUGCUCCUGCCUGCAAGCUUGGCUCUUCAAAUCUGCCAUUGCAACAUCGAUCUUGCAUUGCUUGCAACAUCUGAAGUCUGAAUCUGCAAGCUGAUUGAUCCAAAGCUACAAGAACAAUCAGCUUAGCUUUCGCGUGUCGUGUCGUGUCCAAGAAUUGUGCCCCAUGGACGGAGGAGACAUCCACCUGCUGCUGAGCAUCCUCGCCGACGGCGAGGAGCAGGCCCGGCAGCUCGGCGAGCCCGCCGCGGCGGCCGACGACGAGUACCACGGCGGCGGCCGCGGGGAGGAGUACUACAGGGGCGUGGCGCGGCAGCUGCAGGGCACGCUCGCGAGGGCGAUGGGCAUCGCGAGGGCCAUCGAGGCGGCGGCCUUCGCCGGCGGCGGCGGCGGCGGCGGCGCGUCGGGGUCGCGCGGCACCACCGGCGACCGCUCCGACUCGCCACGGUCGGCGGACGAGAGCUCGGGCCGGACGGCGAGGGACGCCGCCGUCGCGCAGCAAGAACGCCACCAUGACACGAUCAAGAGAAGGAAGGGCCUGCCAAGAUGGACAGAAAAAUUCAGAGUGCCAGAUGCAAGUUUGGAGGCUACACCAGAUGAUGGAUUCAGUUGGAGGAAGUAUGGUCAGAAGGACAUCCUCGGUGCCAAAUUCCCAAGGGGUUACUACCGGUGCACGUAUCGCAACGCGCAAGGCUGCCCGGCGACCAAGCAGGUGCAGCGCUCCGACGCCGACCUCGCCGUCUUCGACGUCACCUACCAGGGCGCCCACACCUGCCACCAGAAGCAGCGCCGCGCCGCCGCCGCCGGCGACCAACCGCCUCCGCCGCCGCCGCAGGCCGACCCGAGCGUGGAGCUGCUCGUCAACUUCAGGCACGGCCUGAAGGUGGAGACCAACGGGCUGGCUCCUCCGCCGCCGCCGCCUCCGACGACGACGACGAACUUCCACGACGACCAGCACUUCUGCUUCCCCUCCAUGCCGCCGUUCCACGCCGGGGUGGGGCCACCGCCGCCGCCGGACGACGCGCUAGGAGGAGGGUGUAAUAAUUUCUCCUCGCCGCCGUUCGUCUCGCCGGCCGGUUCGGCCGCCGGCGAGAGCUACUUCUCCAUGGAGCACUCCUACGAGCCACGGGGAGGCGGCGGCCACUUCGUCAUGAGCCGAGGGGACUCGUCGGAGCUCCACGAGGUCGUCUCCGCCGCCGCCUCCUCCUCCGCCGUGGUCGACCCUGCCGCCGCCGCCGGCGGGUUCGACUACCCGCUGUACCACGGCGAGGUCGACCCGCACCUGCCGUUCCCGCCAUUGUUUGGCCACGCUUCCAUGUACGGCCAAUACAGAGACGCGUGAUGAACCGUGCCACGUGUCACCUGACGUGGCUAUGAUUUUCGUUUUGUUAAUUUGAACUUCCUUUUUUUUUUGUAUCUUGAUGACAUGAUAGGCAGCAGUAUGCAUGGAGUAGUAAUCAGUUAGUUUGUUCUUGUUUUAUUUGUUUAGUGUUGAUGAGUCGUUACAUGACACUUGUUAACUAUUGAGGAUUUUAGAGUCACUCAAAGAGGAUUCUAGUUAAGUUCUAGUCCAUAAUCAGUUCUUCCUUUUGGAAACCUUAUAAUUUGAAUUUGAGUUUUGUGAA